UGGUUAUUUAGUUACAAUACAGUCUCACUUGCAUACCUUCGAACAUAAACGCGCCCCUACCAGGGCUUCUUCGACUUGAAACGAGGAGUGAACGCAACAUUUCUUUGUUGUGCGCUAGCUGGCACAGGCGCCUUUUACCAAAAAUGAAGGACGUGAUGACGUGUCAUGACGGUUAAAAGAGUGUUGAAAAGGGCAAGGGAAUAAUGGGUUCAUUUUAAAUAGACUGGAAAUGUGUCACUCAUAAUGGAACUAUUGUGUGUGCCUUAUAUGUGCUACAGUCAAUUAUGAUUGCAUUUCAUAUCUUGGCUAGAAGACAACGCAUCAGCAAACAUCGAAUGUUAGCCAUCCUACUAUAUCAGGAAGCUGUAUCAGAAGUUGAUGGAGGAGCAUGGCCCUGCCCUCUUUAGAUUCCUCCCUCCAAGGGAUCCCGAAGAAUGUGCUGGCUGUUUCCAUGGAAACUAAGUACCAAUGCCAGCAGUGUCACCAGGUCCUGAGGAAGCCGGUCCAGGCUCAGUGUGGACAUCGCUUCUGUGUCCACUGUUUCAAACUGCUCACCAGCUCUGGACCCAAGCCCUGUGAAGCCUGUCAACAGGAGGAGAUAUACGAGGAGCCCCAGUCCAUUCUCAAUAGCAAUGAGGCUUUUCCAGACAAUGCAGCCGGUAGAGAAAUCGCCAGCCUGCCUGCCAAAUGUUUCAAUGGGGGCUGCUCCUGGACAGGUUGCAUCAAAGAAUAUGAGGCACAACACGAGGGCAAGUGUGAGUAUGAGCACGUACCAUGUGAAGCCUGCCAGGUCCUCAUCCUGCGUAGUGAAAAAGAGAAGCAUAACGAGAGAGAAUGUGAAGAAAGAACAUUGAACUGCAAGUACUGCAAAGUCUCCUUCAACUUCAAGCAGAUCAAGGCUCAUGAUGAAAUCUGCCAGAAGUUUCCCAUGCAGUGCAAGGACUGUGGAAAGAAAAAGAUCCCACGGGAAAAGUUUCAAGAUCACAGCAGAUCCUGUGCCAAGUCUAAGACUGCAUGUCCAUUCAGUGAGGUUGGCUGCAAGGCUGUGAUUGAUAAUGGAAAGCACAGUGACCAUGAGCAGACGAGCGUCAUGGAGCACAUGCGUCUGAUCCUGGCGACGUCUAUGGUGCGGCUGCAGCGUCCGGAGGCCCCGGGGCUGGGGGAGUGGCAGGAGGACUCUGGGAUUGGCCUGUACCGCGCUCCUGAGGAGGGAGCCACAGCUUCUGCAGCCACAGUUGGGGGCGGAACCGCUGCCUCUGGACAGACCAGUGGCCUUGACCAUAAGGUGACAGUGCUGGAGAAUAUAGUGUGUGUACUGAACAGAGAAGUAGAGAGGAGCUCUCUCACUUUAGAGGCCUUCUCUCGACAACAUCGACUAGACCAGGACAAGAUAGAGAACCUCAGCAACAAGGUGCGUCAACUAGAGCGUACUCUCACCAUGCGGGAUCUACAGCUAGCCGAGACAGACCAGACUCUGAGGGAGCUCCAGUUCUGCACCUUUGACGGUGUGUUUGUUUGGAAGAUAGCUGACUUCUCACGCCGCCGGCAGGACGCUGUGGCCGGGCGAACACCCGCCAUGUUCUCACCAGCGUUCUAUUCCAGUAAAUAUGGCUAUAAGAUGUGUCUGAGACUGUAUCUGAAUGGGGAUGGAACAGGUCGAGGGACACACCUUUCUCUUUUCUUUGUGGUGAUGAGGGGCAAGUGUGACGCUCUGCUCAAAUGGCCCUUCAGUCAAAAAGUGACUCUGAUGCUGCUGGAUCAGAAUAACAGGGAGCAUAUUAUUGACGCCUUCCGACCUGAUGUCAGCUCCACCUCUUUCCAGCGGCCAAUCAGUGAGAUGAACAUAGCCAGUGGCUGCCCACUCUUCUGUCCAUUAGCUAAACUGACAGGCAAGAGCUCCUACCUUAGGGAUGAUACCAUUUUCAUCAAGGCCAUUGUAGACCUCACAGGCUUGUAGAGGCUGUGGAAGCCCCCUACACAAAGGCACAAAACGCAGACUAAUAUAUAUAUAUAUAUAACUUCUGAAAUUGCAUAAUAUAAGUAAUAUUAUAAUACAUUUCAUAUUUAUUAUUAUAAGUAUAUCAUAGACACUGUUUAUUUUGCUGGCUGAAGGCACUGGAAUGAAAAAUGAAUUCUGCUAGCAGAUCUUUUCAAUUGGUUUAAACAGAGAAAAAUAGGGUGAUAUGGCCAACCCACGUGUUGGCUCUGACUACUAGAAGUGCAGUAUUAUGCAGAGGAUGCCGUGACUGUUUUUGAAUGCAAGGCAAUAAGAGCUUGUCAAAAUUGGUCAGCAAAUAGGCUCAUUGCACAUAAAUCACGUUAUGUAUUUCUAUUAUUUUCCAAUUUUCUUAAUUUGGAGACAUGAUGUGAUCGUGCCAAAAUGACACUGUCAAGUUGUGAAAAACUGCUUUUACUUGAGGUAGCACCUGUUGUACACAUGGACAAGGAUGUGUUCGAGAUCCUGCCCAUUCAUCAUGUGAGCAGGCACAACUUUUUAAAUGGCAAAACCAACCGGUCGGUAAUUUAUAUGAAAGAAAUGUUCCACAAACUCCGCCUAGUGCUUUCUCAAAAAAGCUACAAGCCGGUCCCAAGCCCGGAUAAAGGAGGAUGGGUUAGGUUAUGCGUAAGACUAGCAAGUGCAAUCUGUAAAAAAAAAAUAUUUAAAAAAUGUAAUACAAAUAAAUUGUGGGGGGACAACAGUACAAUUAUACUAGUUGAUUAUAGAUGGCAAAUGCUCCUUGAGGAGCAACGGGUCUAACUAAGUAGCUUAGAGCAUUCCAAAAACACAAGUACGCUUUCCCAUUUAAACAGUUGUGCACUCGCAUCCAGUAGCAGUGCGUGGGGUAAAAUCACUGGGGAAGCCAAGCCGGGGGGGGGGCAUAUUACAACCUAUGUGUUGUGAUUAUUGAGUUGUUUGCUCUAUAACCUGUUAGUUCAUAUGCCUUGACACCAUAAUAUAUAGGCCUGAAGGCCGAGACGAUAAGAAGACACCGUAGCAGAAUAAAUUCAACCACAGCUUUGUUUUCAUCACAAAACAGGAGAGCAACCUCUGUCUGGUGAAGUCCACAAAAGAUAUUGCAUGUAACAGUUACAUGGCCUACAGCAUGAUCAAGCAAGUUAAUGUUUCUGUCAUUUUCAGACUACGAAACAACUAUUGAUUUAGAACCACUGAGUUACCGCAAGUCACAAAGAAAACAGGAGCUGCCUCCACUAUUCCAGCACCAUUUCAACAUCAUCUAAUCACCUAUGCUUAGUCUAAUACAGUGACAACUAAAAGAUACCACAAAAAACAUUGUCCAACUAAUAUAAGCUAAAUAUGAUGUAGCUGUCCAUGGUUCUGAUUUCUGUGAAAGUAGAAAAACAUGUUGACUCACCCUGCAACCUACCCUAGAAACGCCAAUGCCAUCCUCCACUUUCCUGUUGCCUAAACGAUCUAUGACUCUGUCAUACACUUUAAAAAAUGUUUUUUGUUGUUCAAGGCUACCUGGCUAAAAUACUAGUUCACUACCCUAACUUCCUUUCAUUGGCAAUGAUGCGCCAGGCCAGCUAGUUGACAUUAGCCUAACAUUACUACAUGUUGAACUUCCAUCCUCUCGGGCCAGGUACACAAUGUAUGAAUUUAUGGUUGGAUCAGAUUUCCCAUUAUAAUCAUUGGCCAGUACGGAUAAUUAAGUAAACCACAAGUACAAUUCUCUAUCCAUUGCUAAUUUAGGAAUGGGACAAUUUUAGCUAGGUAGCCACUGGAGGACAACGACACAAUGGGAUGCAAUUAAUUCCAGUUUUCUGUCAAUGAUGUUUGGCUUCUAAUGUGAUGUGAUUGGUCUGAGGCCAAAUCCAAACUGGCUUACCUUGAGACUUCUUUUUUUUGGUGUGCCAGGACCAUUCACAGCUGAUCUCACUCAGUUUAGCUCAACGUUGAUUGGCUAUUUUAUAGAAAGAAUUAUCAAGGGAUGCCAAAUGCUCCUUGGCUUCCCUUGCAUUCAAUGCUAUGGGUGGCAACAAUGUCACUCUUUUUGAUCAGACAGCAUAGAUGAGCUACACAUACAGAGACAGAGGGUUGCUAUUUUGUUUGCUUGAAUGCUUUCUCCUGUGAUACAUUCAGCCUCUUGUGAAUUGAAGGACAUUUAUGAAACACAGAAAGAUGAAAGCUAAAUUAAUUUGUUUGUUAUUUUUGUGGGAGAGCCUGGCUUCCCUUGGCAUCCAUGAAUACACACCACUGCUCACAUCCAUGCUGUAUGCGCUGUACUUAAAGCCUAAUAAAUCAUUGAACAAGGUGGGUGCAUAAUACUGUGCAUGUGCACAACAGGCUUUAGCUUGAAUUAAAAUAGUUUUCCAUCAAAUUGAAGCAGCAUUAAGUUUGUGUUACCGUUAAUUCUUUGCCAUGCUUAGUAGAAGACAUUAUCAAAAUAGCUGCAAAGCGGCCCAAAUUUGACACCUCUUAAUUGACCUUUCAAAGGCACCACAUCCUCUGCAUUAUCCUGAGCUUCAUGCAGACAUGGGCAAUACUUAAUUUGAGCAUUAUAUACCAUUUUGACUGAAUGGCGUCGGAGGAGAUGGCUGCCGAUUUUUACGGGCCCUUAACCAAUUGUGCUAUUGUGUGUUUUCGUGUUAUUUGUAACAUAUUUUGUACCUCGCUACUAUUUUACUGCUGCUCUUUAUUUUUUUAACUAUCUAUGUUUUUACUUAACAAUUUAUUUUUCUCAAUUGCAAUGUUAGUAAAGGGCUUUUAAGUAAGCAUUUCAUGGUAAGGUCUACACCUGCUGUAUGCAGCGCAUGUGACCAAUACAAUUAGAUUUGGAUUUGAUCCGCUCGAGGCUCAGAUGAACCGAUCAUCGUAUCUUUCCUCAGUAUACUUUUCAGUCCAGUUCUGUUAGCUAGGUAGAUGAACAGUGCCUAUAUAGCUGUAGUGUACAAGAGUACGCCACAGUAGACAUGUACCCAAUUAAGAUAUAUGAUACUGUAAUAAAAUACAGUAUAUUAACUAACAAUUAUAUGAACUAUAUGUUAUAGGCUAAGCUGAGAAAGCUCCUGCUCUUUUCAAAUACGAAAUGCAUAUUUUAUCUCAAAUUUCAAGAUUAGUAUUUAUACUGAGCUAGCGCAUAAAUAAAUGGUAAGUUAGCAGGCUAUUAUGCCAGCAUAAUUGUAUUGAAUAGAACAAUUAAGUGUUUCUGAAUGUCAUACUUGUGACAGGUUAACCUUAUCUAUCUUGUGUAGAGUGGAUGAGAAUUAUUUAAGGACAUCUCCUUCACUUAAAAUAUGAUUGUUGGUCAUUAUUCAGCUAUAACUAAUAUACAAAGACAUUUGAUGUGUUAAUGUAGAUUAUGUAUAUUUUUGUCACUGUAAUGGUAGAAUCACAUGUAGGUGUUUUUGUUGAAGGGCAGGUUACAUAAAUAUAACAGCACAGUGUGUAAUGUUAAUUAUAUGCAUGUGUUAAAGGAAAGCAAUUCUGAUUUAAUAUAGUUACCUGUUUAAGUUUCAUUGAUUUCUUUGUCUUAUUUAACCAAGGAAGUCUCACUGAUCUUGCAGGAGUCAUUUUGUUUUAUGCUCUCAUGAUUGUGACUGUCAAGACUUGUGUGCUGUAGUUGUUUUUAUUGGCACAUUUUGAGGUGUUUGAUUUGAUUGCAUGUUAAUUCAAACACCUAUCUAGCAUGGAGUAGUCCUGGGAUUAUAUAUUGUAUCUAUAACAAUGAAUUGGAGGGGGGGAAAGUAUACCUGUUUCUCAAUACAUUAUCUACCAAUGAGAAUGGUGUUGUGAAAAUAAAUACAUUUGAUAAAA